ACAUGCUCCACUUGAGUUGAGUCCAUCGCCAUCGUUCAUCGAGUUCGGUACUCGUCGUUCAAGCUUCGCUCAUCCAUUGGAAUAGUUCACCCGUGCGCCCGCCCAUCCAGCAAAAUGUCGCAAAUCUCCGCCCGCAUCGCCGCUUCCCUGGCGCGUCAGGUGCCCAAAGCCACCCAGGUGGGUAAGAAUACGGCCGUGUUGGGCGUGUUGGCCCAGAAGCUGUCCACGUCAAGCGCCGUGUCGGCCAGCGGGGCCAGCUCGGCCGAGAUCUCGUCCAUCUUGGAAGAGCGCAUCUUGGGCUCGGCCCCCAAGAGCAACUUGGAGGAAACGGGUCGCGUGUUGAGCAUCGGGGACGGUAUCGCCCGCGUCUAUGGACUGAAGAACAUCCAGGCCGAGGAGAUGGUCGAGUUUUCUUCCGGUCUCAAGGGCAUGGCCUUGAAUUUGGAGCCCGACAACGUGGGCGUGGUCGUGUUCGGUAAUGACAAGCUCAUCAAGGAGGGCGAUGUGGUCAAGCGGACCGGCGCCAUCGUCGACGUGCCCGUGGGUAAUGAGCUUUUGGGGCGAGUGGUCGACGCUCUGGGCAAUCCCAUCGACGGAGCUGGCCCCAUCAACGCCUCCGGUCGUCAACGGGUGGGAGUCAAGGCCCCCGGAAUCAUUCCCCGCCAAUCGGUCAAAGAGCCCAUGCAGACCGGAAUCAAGGCCGUGGAUUCAUUGGUGCCCAUCGGUCGUGGUCAGCGUGAGUUGAUCAUUGGCGAUCGUCAAACCGGCAAGACGGCCGUGGCUAUUGACGCUAUCAUCAAUCAGAAGCGAUUUAACGAUGCCGGAGAGGACAAGAAGAAACUCUUCUGUAUUUACGUGGCCAUUGGCCAGAAGCGAUCCACCGUGGCUCAGAUUGUCAAGCGCUUGACCGACGCCGAUGCCAUGAAAUACAGUAUCGUGGUCUCGGCUACCGCUUCCGAUGCCGCUCCUCUGCAAUACUUGGCCCCGUACUCCGGAUGCGCCAUGGGCGAAUUCUUCCGCGACAACGGCAUGCACGCCCUCAUCAUCUUCGACGAUUUGUCGAAGCAGGCCGUGGCCUACCGUCAAAUGUCGCUCUUGCUCCGUCGUCCUCCCGGCCGUGAGGCCUACCCCGGCGACGUGUUCUACCUUCACUCGCGUCUCCUCGAGCGUGCCGCCAAGAUGAGCGACACCCAAGGGGGUGGAUCCCUCACCGCCCUGCCCAUCAUCGAGACCCAAGCCGGUGAUGUGUCGGCUUACAUCCCGACCAACGUCAUCUCCAUCACUGACGGACAGAUCUUCUUGGAGACCGAAUUGUUCUACAAGGGUAUCCGACCCGCCAUCAACGUUGGCUUGUCCGUGUCCCGUGUCGGCUCUGCCGCUCAAACCAAGUCCAUGAAGCAAGUGGCCGGUUCGAUGAAGUUAGAGUUGGCUCAGUACCGUGAGGUGGCCGCCUUCGCCCAAUUCGGAUCCGAUUUGGACGCUGCCACUCAGCAGCUGUUGAACCGCGGAGUGCGAUUGACCGAGCUCUUGAAGCAAGGCCAAUAUGUGCCCAUGGCCAUUGAAGAACAGGUGGCUGUUAUUUACUGCGGUGUCCGAGGUUUCUUGGACAAGGUUGACCCCGCCAAGAUCACCGACUUCGAGAAGAAGUUUAUGGAGCACGUCAAGGCCACCCAACGACCCUUGUUGGACCAGAUCGCAAAGGACGGUCACUUGAGCGAGGAUAGUGACAAAAAAUUGAACGGCAUCGUCAAGGAAUUCCUCACGACCUUCAAUUAAAUUUCAUCCUUUAACUAAAACAAAAACAGCAAAAAACAAAAAAAAGCAAAAAAUACAACCAACAACGAUGCACGUGUGACAAGAAAACUAAGGCCAGAAGACUUCCCACUGAUGCUUCAAGUAUCAUCCAAAUCAUACUUUCAUCUUUCAAAAAAGCGACUUCAGCCGAACCAAGUUCGGAAUUAAAGAAUGAACGUUGAAGGGGAUGAUAUCCUUGGGCUUGAAACCAAUCGAUAGAUCAUGAAGCCUCUGAGCAACUGCCACCCGCUGCCUAGAAUGAAAGUGUUUUAAUCCGUGGAACUUGUCACUCUGGUCGUUCAUCCCAAUUGACAUCUCGGAAAUGGUAUUCGGUGAAGAGUUCUCCUCGAUUCCCUAUACAUUUAUUUUUUACGAACGAUGAUUCGAAUGAACACUAAGUCGAAUGACUCGAAGUGGUGGCUGAG